AUGGACGUUAUCGACGCUCUUUUCCCCGUCACUCUGGGCGGUACGGCAGCAGUGCCGGGAGCCUUCGGGUGUGGCAAGACGGUCAUUUCGCAGGCAUUGUCGAAGUACUCUAACGCUGACUGCGUGGUCUAUGUCGGAUGCGGCGAGCGUGGCAAUGAGAUGGCAGAAGUGCUCACAGACUUCCCAGAGUUGACGACCAUGAUCGACGGCAAGGAAGAGCCAAUCAUGCAGCGAACCACCCUUGUGGCGAAUACAUCGAAUAUGCCGGUGGCUGCGCGAGAAGCAUCGAUUUACACAGGUGUGACAACGGCAGAAUAUUUCCGUGAUAUGGGCUACAACGUGGCCAUGAUGGCGGAUAGCACCAGUCGAUGGGCCGAAGCACUUCGAGAAAUUUCUGGACGACUGGCAGAGAUGCCGGCAGAUGCCGGCUACCCUGCUUAUCUAGGAGCGCGUUUGGCCUCGUUCUAUGAGCGAAGUGGCCGCGUUCAGUGCCUCGGAAACCCACCACGUGAGGGCUCCAUUACCAUCGUUGGCGCAGUGUCACCGCCAGGUGGCGACUUCACGGACCCAGUGACAUCCGCGACGCUGAGUAUCGUCCAGGUCUUCUGGGGUCUUGACAAGAAGCUGGCUCAGCGAAAGCAUUUCCCUGCGGUGAACUGGAACAUCUCCUUCUCCAAGUACAUUCGCGUCUUGGAGCCGUAUUUCGAGAAAUACGACGCAGAGUACAGCAUGCUCCAGCAGAAGAUGAAGGAAAUCUUGCAGAAGGAGGAUGACCUGCAGGAAAUUGUGCAGCUGGUCGGAAAGGAUUCCCUUUCCGAAGAUCAGAAAUGUACCCUGGAAGUUGCAAAGAUCAUCCGCGAGGAUUUCCUGCAGCAGAACGGCUUCACGGACUAUGACUUCAUGUGCCCGUUGGCCAAGACCAUCGGCAUGAUGAAGGUCAUCGUUGGCUUCCACGAAGCUGCCCAGAAGAUGAUGGCGGAGUAUUCUGGCGAGCACAAGGUUGGCUGGAACACCAUCGCAGUCGCGAUGAAGGACAUGAUCAAGAAAAUCACCGACAUGAAGUUCGAGAUGCCCCGCCAGUCCGAGGAGCACUACAAGCGCACCUUCGUGGCUCUGCACGACGAGGUGCUUGCUGCCUUCAGAACGCUGGCCGAGGUGCUGGCAACCAGACGGUGCUUCGUCUUCGCUCCGGCACCUGCUCCUCCACAGACAGCACCUGCAGGAUUUCGCCUGGCACAACAGGUGUCGCACACGGUUGUGCUUCGACUCGAUGCCGAGUUGCAGGCAUUCUCGUUGCUGCGGUUGGGGCAUGCAGGAGCCAUCUUGCAGCAAUACUGGCACUUCCAGUGUUGGAUGGUGCUACAUCGUCUGCUCUCCGUGGUAAUGUCUGUACUGACAACGUGCCUCACAUUCGUUUGGCAGCGCGGCCAAGCUCGAGCUGUCUGGCGGCUACCCGAGCUGACAGGAGCAAUUCGGCCGCAUCUGGCCUGGCAUCCUGACGCGGCUUGCCUGGCCUCGGUAUCGCCUGCAGGGCACGUGGCCGUGCACAGUCUGGUCGGCGAGUCAACAGAGCACCUUCACGUUCAAGGAGAUGGUGCCUGGCCCGUGGCUGCAGUUGCCUGGCAGCCCUGCGACCUCAGCAGCUUAGCUGUGGCCGGACCUCUGGGUCUCUGCUUCUGGCGUCGAAAAGGCAGCUGGCAGCGGAUAUGGUCGCUGCAGGGGGAGGCCUUCGCCUCCUCGGCCCUGGCUUGGUCUCCCGAUGGUCGAGCUUUGGCUGCCGCCGGCCCACUCGGCGUUGUUCAUAUACUUGGACCUCACAGUGCACUUAUCGGUGAGCAG